AUGGAGUCGCAUCUAACAAGCGCCGUAUUCGUGGCAGGGCCAUCCGAAGUGCGCUUACGGAAACCAGACACGUGGAAGUACGAACAAAAUUUGUCCAAAUCGUUGCCACGUGGAAGUCCGUCUCAGCCCACUUUCCACCCUGCUCCCUCUCUCCCUCACCUGGUCUACAUAAUCGAAAUUGGGAAGAUGGCUGCCGUCGCCUCCCUCCCGACUUUCUCCGGCCUCAAGGCCGUGUCCGUCCAGAAGGUCGCCGUGAAGGCCGCUCCCGCUGCCGUGAAGCUUGCUCCCGUGAGCGCGUCCCUCAAGGAUGCCUCCAAGGCCCUCGUUGCCGUCGGCGCCUCCGUGCUCCUGGCCGGCAGCGCCAACGCCGCGACCAUCCUGAUGGGUGCCAACGAUGGCGGCCUCGCCUUCGUCCCCAAGGUGUCUGAAGUGAAGUCCGGCGAGGCGAUUACCUUCAAGAACAACGCUGGCUUCCCCCACAACGUUGUCUUCGACGAGGAUGAGGUUCCCGCUGGUGUCGAUGCCGACGCCAUCUCGCACCCCGAUCUGCUCAACGCUCCCGGGGAGACUUUCACCGUGAAGCUCACCGCUGCUGGCACCUACGAGUACUACUGCGAGCCCCACCAGGGUGCUGGCAUGGUUGGCAAGAUCGUCGUGUCGUAA